UCAAAUAGUUCUAUACUUGUGGUGGUGUACAACUGAAAAACAGGACGUACCUGCCAUUUUAUUUUUCUGAAGGACUGACAAUAGUUUGAUAUCCACAUCAUCUUUGUCUGCUCCCUUCAAUACCGCCUGCUUAGCAGAAAAUGGGAAGGGGAGAACUGCUGGUUACCCGUUAAAUCAGUUGAAUCCCCCAAAAGGAACAAGAUAAACAUUCUGAACUAGAUCUAAUUAUAGUCAAUAGAGGCCAUGGAACAGGAGCAAAAGUCUAAAAGUGAGAGAUGCCCCAAAAUCCUCUCAUGAACAACACCACUCCGGUCUCCCUAUCAGCCCUUCAGGGGAUGAACGACCGGCACCAGAAUUGUAGAAACUUAGCCUAGAAAAUAUAGAAGGGCCAAACCUACCAAUCCGAACAGUGCACCGCACACAUCAGAGCAGCAGUAGUAGUAGAGGCUCGAUCACGGAAUGGGCAAGUACAGCGACGGCAAGGACGGCGAGGCCGGCGGCAGCUACCCGCUGGUGGCGGUGUGCAUCGACAAGGACAAGAACAGCCAGAACGCGCUCAAGUACGCCACCGAGACGCUCGCCCACAAGGGCCAGACCAUCGUCCUCGUCCAUGUCAACACCAAGGGCACAUCAGGAGGGGUGGAAGACGCGGCCGGGUACAAGCAGCCGACGGACCCGCAGAUGAAGGACCUCUUCCUCCCGUUCCGCUGCUUCUGCACGCGCAAAGACAUCCAAUGCAAGGACGUGGUGCUGGACGACCACGACGUGGCCAAGUCGAUCGUCGAGUUCGCCGCGCACGCCGCCAUCGAGAAGCUCGUCGUCGGCGCCACCACGAGGGGCGGCUUCGUCAGGUUCAAGGGGGACAUCUCCAGCAGCAUCUCCAAGACGGCGCCGGACUUCUGCACCGUGUACGUCGUCACCAAGGGCGGCAAGGUGUCGUCGGUGCGCCAGGCCAUCCGCCAGGCGCCGGCCGUCUCGCCGCUCCGGACCAUGAUCCAGGGCCCCAAGCCCGAGCACGUGCCCACACAGAAAUGGACGCCACCCCCAGCAGCUGCAAGAGGUGAUGUUUCCGGGACACCGAAAUUGCUAGAAAAUAACAUCAUGUCGCCAUUCGCGAGGAUGGGGCUGAACGCAGGGUCGGCGCGGAAGGCGUUCCCGGACUUCUCGCUGCCCGAGUCGUCGGACAUAUCAUUCAUCGGCACCGGCGGGCGUGGGAGCACGGAGCGGUACCCCCCGUGCCCGCCGCGGCUGUCGAACGGGUCGGAUGGCCACGACCAGUACAGCUUCGAGGCGUCGCGCACGCCCAGUAGGUGGGGCGACUCCUUCGGCAACGACAGCACCUCGCACUCCCAGACUAGCACCUCCUCAUGGUCCUCCCUUCCCACGGAGGACAUGGAGGCAGAGAUGAAGCGGCUAAGGCUGGAGCUGAAGCAGACCAUGGACAUGUACAGCACGGCGUGCAAGGAGGCGCUCACUGCGAAACAGAAGGCGAUGGAGCUGCAGCGUUGGAAGAUGCAGGAGGAACAGCGCACGCAGGAUUCGCGGCUGACAGAGGAGUCGGCCAUGGCGCUCAUCGAGCAGGAGAAGGCCAAGGCGAGGGCGGCCAUCGAGGCGGCCGAGGCAGCGCAGCGGCUGGCGGAUCUGGAGGCGCAGAAGCGGAUCAGCGCGGAGAUGAAGGCGCUCAAGGAGGCCGAGGAGCGGCUCCGGUCCAUGGGCGCCGGGGCUCGCGAGACCGUCAGGUACCGCAAGUACACCAUCGAGGAGAUCGAGCUCGGCACCGAUCACUUCAACGAGGCCCGCAAGGUCGGCGAGGGCGGCUACGGCCCCGUCUACAAGGGCCACCUCGACCACACGCCGGUGGCCAUCAAGGUGCUCCGCCCCGACGCCGCGCAGGGAAGGUCGCAGUUCCAGCAGGAGGUGGAGGUGCUCAGCUGCAUCCGCCACCCCAACAUGGUUCUCCUCCUCGGCGCCUGCCCCGAGUACGGGUGCCUCGUGUACGAGUACAUGGCCAACGGCAGCCUGGACGACUGCCUGUUCCGGCGCGGUGGCGGGCCGGUGAUCCCGUGGCAGCACCGGUUCCGCAUCGCGGCGGAGAUCGCGACGGGGCUGCUGUUCCUGCACCAGACCAAGCCCGAGCCGCUGGUGCACCGCGACCUCAAGCCGGGCAACAUCCUCCUGGACCGCAACUACGUUAGCAAGAUCAGCGACGUCGGGCUGGCGCGCCUGGUGCCGCCGUCCGUUGCCGACACCGUCACGCAGUGCCACAUGACGUCGGCCGCCGGUACCUUCUGCUACAUCGACCCGGAGUACCAGCAGACGGGCAUGCUCGGCGUCAAGUCGGACGUCUACUCGCUCGGCGUCAUGCUGCUCCAGAUCGUCACGGCGCGGCCGCCCAUGGGGCUCACGCACCACGUGGCGCGCGCCCUGGAGCACGGCACGAUGGGCGACCUGCUCGACCCGGCCGUCCAUGUCUGGCCCGUCGAGGAGGCGCAGCGCUUCGCCGAGGUGGCCCUGCGUUGCUGCGAGCUCCGGCGCAAAGACCGGCCCGACCUCGGCACCGUCGUGCUCCCCGAGCUCAACCGGCUCCGAGCGCUGGGCGAGGACAACAUGCAGUUCUGCAACACCAUGAGCGGCCGGGGCGGCAUGCACCGCUCGCCCUUCCACAGCAACUCCUACUCGCAGCCGCGACAUGAUGCGGCGAGUGAUCCAAUGCUAGGGAGGCCGCAGUACAGCUCGAACGCGAGCCAGUCCGCCAUGCCUGCAAGGAGGUCCAACUACAACUAAGCUAUUGCAAUUGCAUUACGUGUAACCACUCGCCAAGCAGCAGUGCAAAACAGAUCACUAGUCUUUCUCCUGAUCCUAGCAGAUAGUUACUGCUGUUAACUGAUGCAGAUUGCAGAGCCAUACAGCGAUGCCAAGGGUGCACUCUUGAUAGUAAGUUGUAAUUGUGCAGUAUGUAGCCUUUCCAAAACUCUGUUCCUUCUGUAAACAACCUGAAGUUUCAAAGGCAAAUUGGAUACAGACAUUCCCUACCCAAAGUCAUCUUGGAAUUACCACGUGUAUGAUGUAACCGGCGAGCACUGAAAUGAAGAAGUCCAUUUCAGUUUCAUUCCCAAAGUCCAACCAUAGUACCGAACAGGACAUUCUGUCUGUCUGACGAUGA